AGUGGUCACUUUCCUUGCGACUGCCGGUGACGUGAUACUAUCAAAGGGCGUGGAGCUGAACUUUGUCCAGUAAAGAUGGAAUCACGAAAAGUAUUCGUACUGUUUAUCAUUAUUUUUAGCCUUCACCUUACCAAUGCUAAUGGAAAGUUCAAAAAGUAUAAUAAGAUGUUUAAAAAGUUUGAGGCCAAAUCUGCUAAAAGCAGUCAACCCAACAUUCUUUUUAUCCUGUCAGAUGAUCAUGGUUACAGAGACGUCGGCUAUCAUGGAUCUUUGUUCGAUACUCCAGUACUUGAUGAAAUGGCCGCUAAAGGGGUCAAGUUGGAGAAUUACUACGUUCAACCAAUCUGCUCACCAACUAGAUCCCAGCUACUGACCGGUCGAUACCAGAUACAUACAGGACUGCAACAUGCUGUUCUUCAACCAACGGCACCAGCUUGCCUACCCACUGAUGAGAUCACAUUAGCUCAGAAGAUGAAAGAAGCUGGUUACGCAACACAUAUGAUUGGUAAAUGGCAUAUGGGAUUUUAUGAAGAGGCGUGUCUUCCCAACAACAGAGGAUUCGAUACCUACUUAGGUCUACUACUGGGUGGAGGCUAUCAUUUUACCCAUUCUUUCCCGACACCUCAGUACUACGACUUCCAUAAGGACUGCUCAGCUGCAAAGGAGUAUAAUGGCACUUACUCUACUUACGCAAUGACUGAUAGAGCAAUCGACAUCAUAAACAACCAAGAUGGAGACAAACCUUUCUUCAUGUACUUGGCCUACCAAGCACCUCACGCUCCUCUUGAAGUACCUGAGCAAUACAAGGACCCCUACCGUAGUACAUUCAAAGACGAUGACAACAGACUUACCUACGCUGGUAUGGUAUCAUGUCUGGAUGAGGGUGUUGGGAAUGUGACAGCUGCAUUGAAAGCCAAGGGAUUAUAUGACAACACUGUCAUAAUCUUCUCUAGUGAUAAUGGUGGUAGUAUACAAGACGGUGGUAACAAUUGGCCAUUGCGUGGAUGUAAGUUGUCCAUGUUCGAGGGUGGUAUGCGAGCUAUCGGAUUCGUUCAUAGUCCUCUCCUUUCUGACAAUGUCAAGGGAACUGUGAGCAAUGAGCUGUAUCACGUAAGUGAUUGGUUUCCGACAUUCGUCGAAGGUAUCGCUGGAUGGAACACAGACGGAACUAAACCACUAGAUGGCUUCAACCAAUGGGAAUCUAUAAGGGACGGAACUCCUUCUUCCCGAAUUGAGCUCUUGCACAACAUUGACCCUUUAUGGGUUGUACCUGGCGGCCGAGAUUGUGUUCGUGAAUUGAGUCCUUUCAACAUUAGCAUUAAUGCUGCGUUAAGGCAUGGGGACUGGAAAAUUGUCACUGGUGACAAUGGGAAAACAGGAUGGUAUGCACCCCCUGAUACUGGCAUCUGUACGAUCAGUGGACCAACAACUGAUCAAAUCACCUGGUUAUUCAAUAUUAAGGAGGAUCCACUAGAAAAGAAUGACCUCUCUGAUGAGCGCCCUGAUAUUCUCUUUUUCUUGUUAGAGAAACUUCAAAAAUACUAUCUUGAUUCAGUACCUGUAUUUUAUCCAGAUACUCAGGUGGCACAAGCUGACCCUUGUACGAACGGAAAUGAUUGUGUCUGGGGACCAUGGACUCCAAUCUAAGCACGCAAUACUUACAUAAAAUUGAUCGUUUUGAACGCAAUGUUUGUGCGAUUAAUUAACACAUUCUAUUUUACAAAAUGCUUUUCAUUGUUACUUUUGGUGAAGGUUAGUUUUGUUGAUGAUGUAGUAGUCCGUAUUUGAUUUUUUUUAGUUAAUUGUACUUUUAGGAUAGGCUUUGAGUUACAGACGCACUUUUGCUAUUCAGAGUAUGCCGCUGUUUUAAAAGCCUAGUCCAAAAGAGAUUAUUAACAUGCAUGUCAUUAUUAUCAUCAUUGUACAUUAGACAAUUAAAGUGACUGUUGUCAUUACGCAAAAAGUUCAAUUAUCUUUAAUUUUUACUGGUAGAUGAAAUAUAAACUAAAACUAAAAUAUUGAAUAAUACAUUUGCAUGUGAAAUCAAUUAUUAAUAGAUUUGACGAUCGUGUGCGGCGUACACCAAGGCAGAUUAGCCUACGUUACAGUAGUAAUGCAUCAGUAUGAUUAAGACUGAAAGAGAUAAUUGAAGUAAGAUCUUAUAUUCUAGUAUAUUUUUUGGUAAGAUAAAUAUGACACCAUGAAGGAGUCGAAACGUCGAUCUUUUCUUUUUAGCGUUAUUUUUAUGUUAAAUAAGAUAAAUAUGCUUCAUUAAAUGAUUAGUAUACAUAAAUCAAUAAAUAAGUCAUAAAAUGAUUAAUAUACACAAUAAAUGUCAUAAAGACGAGUUUAACAAUGUAUCAAAAUGAAUCAAAGUAUAAAAUAUGUUACAUAGAAUACAAUUACAAAGGCAUACAGUAUAUAAUCUAAAUUCAGAUUUUGAAUACUGAAGGAAAUAUCAUGAUGGUGGUGUUGGACUUACAAUGAUGAUUGCAACCACUACCCGCUACCAUGUCUAUUUCUAUAUAUUAUGUAUAAAAACAGUAUAAUCAGGGAAGACUAGA